UAAAAUAUUCCGAGACCACAAUCUCUGAACCAGUGCACAAUCAUUGAAGCCCGCAACCUAUAUUUAUAUUUAGCACCAACCAAUUUACAGAUCAGAUCCAUGAACAUUAGAUUCCGUCUCUUUCUCCUUUCAAAGGAUUAUUAUAUGGAAGACUGUGUUCCUCUUUAGCUCUUUCUUCUGUCUCCAUUGCUGCUACUGCUCCCCGUUUGAUUGAUGCUCCAGCAACUUUUAUGUUUGAAGUUUGAAUGCCCUCUCUUUUCCCAUGCUUCUGUAGCUGCUGCACUUCGUAUUUGCUCUUUUCCAUCCAUCUUUUGAUGGCGCAAAAGCUCUCAUGAAAAUGCUGUGACUUUCUUGUUGGUGGUGCUUUUGCUUUGUUUUCUCUUCUUCAGCAAGAUCAAAUUUUGUCUUUGCUUCUUCCAUGGAAGAAUCAUCUCCCCCCGAAGCUCUGAAAGAAAUUCAGACGAUUUCCUCUGAAUUAAAUCCAAAGCCAUUAACAAUCAAAACAUCAAACCCUGCUUCGGAAGGCUUUAUUGGCAGUAUUUCUGCUCCAAUCUCUCCUUCCAUAUCCAUUACUCCUCACCUCAACUCACCAUCUCCUCCUUCCUCAGCCUUUGUUUCUGCAUUGCAGUCUCCUUAUAUUUCUCCAAGAGCAGUAGAACCACCAAAACAAUCGAUAGAAACGCAUACUACGACCACCACUACAAACACAACUCCAACAACAGUGACAUCAAAUCCGUCACCUAUCUCCUUCUCCGGCGACGACAACCGGAGCACAUCCAACACUCCUUCAGAGAGGUAUGACUUUACUGAGCGAAUAGAACAAAGGCCUAAGUUCUCCGAUGCUGCUGCUCCCAGGAUAUCCUUCUCCUUCCCAGCCCCAAGAGUCCCCUUCACAAAAGGAUUUAGUUCUCCUUGCGCCAAUGCGAAGCUUAGGAGCUGUGACGUCUACAUUGGAUUCCACGGCCAGAGCCAAAACUUGGUUAGAUUCUGCAAAUGGCUCAAAUCAGAGCUUGAACUUCAGGGCGUUGCUUCCUUUGUGGCCGAUCGAGCAAAGUACUCUGAUAGUCAGAGCCAUGAGAUCGCUGAUAGAAUCAUUUGUUCAGCAACUUAUGGCAUUGUUGUUGUGACAGCGUCUAGCUUUCUCAAUCCUCCGACUGUAGAAGAAAUAAGGUUUUUUGCUCAGAAGAAGAAUCUCAUCCCUCUGUUAUUCAAUACGGAGCUUUCAGAGAUCAGUAGUUUGGUUGAAGGCAGAUUAGAGGUUAAAGACUGUAGAGAUGCUUUUGAAGGAUUGGUAACGGGCGAUGAAUUCAAGCUCGAAGCGAAUGAUGGCAACUGGAGAAGUUGCGUGAUGAAAACUGUGACAAUAUUGAGGUUGAAACUUGCAAGGAAGAGCUUAGAAGAGAAAGAGAGAGAUAAUGGAGUAGAGGAGCUGCCAUUUCCACAAAACCGAUUUUUUGUAGGGAGGGAGAAAGAGCUGACUGAGAUUGAAGCUGCAUUUUUCGGAAAAGCUGAACCAGAAAUCGAGUACCCAAAACCGGUUAUCACCAGUGGCGGCGGAUUAAGUGAUGGUUUUGCUGACGAGGAAAGCGAUUCAAUCCGAAGCAAUGGCAGAUACAUCUGUUUGGAGAUGAGAAAAUCGAAAGAGCCUACAUUGGAAUCUUGGGUUGAGCCUGUAGUGGAUCUUGGCUCCAAGGGAAGAAGCCUUCAGCGCCAGCGAUCGAAGCAUAAGAAAUCUCGAAGCGGAGGCAAAGGUUAUGGAAACUCAAAUGUUGUAUGCAUCAAUGGUGUUUCAGGAAUAGGAAAAACAGAGCUAGCUUUGGAGUUUGCUUACAGAUACUUUCAAAGAUACAAGAUGGUUCUUUGGGUUGGUGGAGAGGCAAGAUAUUUCAGGCAGAACUUACUGAACUUGUCAACAAGUUUAGGUUUGGAUGUCAGCGCUGAGGCAGAGAAGGAGAAGGGGAGAAUCAAAAGCUUUGACGAGCAGGAAUUCGACACGUUUCAGCGAGUGAAGAAGGAAUUGUUCAGGGAUGUGCCAUUCCUGUUAGUAAUCGACAAUCUCGAGACUGAAAGGGAGUGGUGGGAGGGCAAGGGCCUACAUGAUUUGAUUCCAAGAAAUACUGGAGCAACUCAUGUAAUAAUUACAACUCAACUAUCCAAAGUCUUGAACUCUGAUCCAAUUCAGCUGCCGCCGCUUUCAGUGGCAGAUUCAUUGGUGCUACUCAGAGGGAGGAGGAAGAAUGAUUAUUUUUCUGAGGAGCUUGAGAUUCUCGGAAACUUUGCCGAAAGAUUGGGGAGGUUGUGCUUUGGACUGUGGCUGAUUGGUUCACUGCUAUCUGAACUAAAGAUGUCACCAUCUGCGCUAUACGAAGCCAUUGACAGAAUCUCCCUCAAUGAGAUCUCCUUCUCUUUGAUUGAUGAUGAAUUUCUGCAAAACAAUCUCUUCCUCGUGAAGACACUAGCUUUCAGCUUUGCGGUACUGGAAAACGCUAAAGGAAGGCAAAGGCUAGCACUGAGAAUGAUUCUCUCUGGUGCUUGGCUUGCUCCAGCUCCAGUGUCAUCAGAAUUGCUCGCAGCCGCCGCUGAGAAGAAAAACGGGUUCCAUGACUGGGGAAAGUCCCUUCCUUCAUCCUUAUGCUGCUGUUGUCCUCGCAGUGGAGUUGAAUCCGCACUCAUGCUUGCCAAGCUAGGCCUGGCCAGGAGAACCACAACGCAGCCAGGUUGCUACAUCCAACUCCACCCAAUCACCCAACUUUUUGCUAGGAAACAAGGUGGUGCACUACCUGCUAAGUCCGCAGUGCUUGGAGUGAGGAAGUUGGGGAUCACCACAUCAAACACCAGCCAUCUUUGGGCUUCCGCGUUCCUCCUGUUUGGAUUCAAGUCCGAGCACCCACUUGUUCAACUCAAGGCGUCCGACAUCGUACUGUUCAUAAAAAAGAUAGCUAUUCCACUGGCACUUCAAUCUUUCGUGACAUUUUCAAGGUGCAAUUCAGCAUUGGAGCUGCUGAAAGUGAGCACGAAUGUGCUUGAGGAGGUGGAGAAGUCUUUUGUGUCGCAAAUUGAGGACUGGAGCCAUGGACCUCUGUGCUGGAACAAGAGGUUGCUGGCUAACCAGAGAGUGAAUGAGUUUGUUUGGCAGGAGGUGACAUUGCUCAAGUCUGUGUUGCUUGAGACUAGAGCAAAGCUGCUGUUGAGGGGAGGGCAUUUUGACAGUGGUGAGGAGCUAUGCAGGACUUGUAUUAGUAUCAGGACUGUAAUGCUUGGCCAUAAUCAUGCACAAACUUUGGCGGCUCAGGAGACAUUAGCAAAGCUGGUCAGAUACAGGAGCAAGAUUUAGUGUUUUUUAUUCUAGCAUUUGAAAAUGGAUAUGAGGAAAUUUUCUGCAGUUGGAACAUCCAGAUUUAUGAGUUGCUGGACCUUGUUCUGAAAUUUUUGUUGUCUAGUUUUGUACUCAAGUUUGCAGGUGUAUAUGUAUGCAGAGAUUAUUAUGUUAAGUCUAUUUCAAAUUUUUAUAAU